AUGGAGGGUCUUAUGACGGAGGCGCCUGAUCUCUUUGACUCGAAAAAGCUCACACAACCCGUCGGCACCGUCGAGGACAAAUGGAAGCUGUUGCCUGCGUUUCUGAAGGUGAGGGGUCUGGUGAAGCAGCACAUCGACUCCUACGAUUAUUUCAUAAAUGUAGAAAUCAAGAAAGUGCUGGAGGCCAACGCGCUGGUUCAAUGCGAUGAGGACACCACCUGGUUCCUUCGGUACAAGAACAUAUACAUCGGCGAGCCCACGAUCGAGGAGGACCUCGUGCCCGUGGCCGUCACCCCCCAGCACUGCCGCCUGCGGGACAUCACCUACUCGGCCCCCAUUUCGGUCGACAUCGAGUACACCCGCGGCAAGCAGAUCGUGAUCCGCAACGGCAUCGUCAUCGGCCGCAUGCCGAUCAUGCUCAAGUCCAGCAAGUGCAUCCUCACCGGCAAGAACGAGCAGGAGCUCGCCGCCCUGCAGGAAUGCCCGCUCGAUCCUGGCGGCUAUUUCGUCGUGAAGGGAGUCGAACGAGUGCUGCUGGUGCAGGAACAGCUGUCCAAGAACCGUAUCAUUAUCGAAGAGGACAAGACCGGCGGUGUGGCCGCGAACGUGGUGAGGACCACCCUGAAUGUCAAGAAUGGCAAGAUCUAUCUCAAGCUCAACAUGCUCACCGAAGAAGUGCCGAUCGUUAUUCUGAUGAAGGCCAUGGGCGUGGAGUCGGACCAGGAGGUGGUACAGCUCGUGGGCAGCGAGCCCUACUACGCCGACAUGAUGUCGUCGUCGCUCGAGGAGUGCUGCAGGAUGCAGGCCGAGGAGGCGCGUCACAUUCUGGCGAGCGUGGUGCUCUCGCACGUGCCCGUGGUCAACUACGACUUCCGCGUGAAGGGCAUCUACGUGGGCCUCAUGAUCCGCCGCAUUCUGCUGGCCAUGCGCGACCCCUCCACCAUGGACGACAAGGACUACUACGGUAACAAGCGACUCGAAUUAGCUGGCUCGCUGCUGUCGCUGCUGUUCGAAGACACCUUCAAGAAGUUCAACGCCGAGCUCAAGCGCCAGGCCGACACCGUGCUGGCGAAGCAGAACCGGGCCGCCGAGUUCGACAUCCUCAAGUGCAUCCGCCAGGACACCAUCUCCUACGCCCUCUCGCGCGCCAUUUCGACCGGUAACUGGAAUCUCAAGCGUUUCAAGAUGGAACGUGCCGGCGUCACACAGGUGUUGUCUCGGCUCUCGUUCAUUGCGGCGUUGGGCAUGAUGACAAAGAUCUCCUCCCAGUUCGAAAAGACCCGCAAGGUCAGCGGCCCCCGGUCGCUUCAGCCUUCGCAAUGGGGCAUGUUGUGCCCGUCGGACACGCCCGAAGGAGAGUCGUGCGGCUUGGUCAAGAACUUGGCGCUGCUCACUCACAUCACCACCGACGAGGACGAAGCCCCCAUCCGCCGGAUCGCCCUCAACCUCGGCGUCGAAGAUAUGGCGCUGUUGUCGGGAGAGGAGAUGCACUCGGCGGGCAACUACCUGGUGUUCAUGAACGGUAUGCUGCUGGGCGUGCACCGCGCGCCGCACACGUUCGUGCGCAACUUUCGACUGCUGCGCCGGUCGGGCAAGAUGAGCGAGUUCGUGUCGGUCUUCAUCCACUACGGCCAGCGUUCGAUCUACAUCGCCUCCGACGGCGGCCGCGUGUGCCGGCCGCUCAUCAUCGUCGAGAAGGGCCGGCCGCGCGUCGAGACCAGGCACAUCAAGGAGGUCACCGACGGCUUCCGCACCUUUGACGACUUCCUCAAGGAGGGCCGCAUCGAGUUCCUCGACGUGAACGAAGAGAACAACUGCUUCCUCGCCCUCUCCGAAAAGGAGAUCACGAUGAGCACGACGCACCUGGAGAUCGACCCGCUGACGAUCUUGGGCGUGUGCGCGGGCCUGAUCCCCUACCCGCACCACAACCAGUCGCCGCGUAACACCUACCAUUAUUCGGGUUACGAUAUCGAAGACGCCCUGGUACUCAACAGGGCGUCUGUCGACCGAGGCUUCGGACGCUGCAUCGUGCUCAAGAAGACCACAGCCACCAUCAAGAAGUAUCCCAAUCAGACGUUCGAUCGCAUCGUCGGGCCGCCUCCAGAGAACGAUAGGGGUCAGAAGCGAUUCGACUGUCUCGACGUGGACGGCAUUGCUUCGCCGGGCGAACGUGUCGAGCCCGGCAAGGUGUACAUUAACAAACAGACGCCCAUCAACACGACCGACACACUCGCCAACCCCGACAACAUCCCCGAAUCCGCUUUCAGGGGCUCGCCGAUGUCGUACAAGGGACCCACGCACGCCUACAUCGACAAGGUGCUGCUCACGUCGAGCGCCGAGGACCACUGCCUGAUCAAGGUGCUCUUCCGUAGCACGCGACGUCCCGAGCUCGGCGACAAGUUCAGUUCGCGCCACGGCCAGAAGGGCGUCACGGGCAUCAUCGUCCAGCAGCCCGACAUGCCCUUCAACCACCAGGGCAUCUGUCCGGACAUCAUCAUGAACCCCCACGGCUUCCCCUCGCGUAUGACCGUGGGCAAGAUGAUCGAACUUCUCGCCGGCAAGGCCGGCGUGCUCGAGGGCUGCUAUCACGAGGGAACCGCGUUCGCGGGCCACAAGGUGGAUUACCUCAGCAAGAUCCUCAUCAAGCACGGCUACAGCUACUCCGGCAAGGACCAGCUCACUUCCGGCAUCACGGGCGAGACGCUGUCGGCCUACAUCUUCUUCGGCCCGGUGUACUACCAGAAGCUGAAGCACAUGGUGAUGGACAAGAUGCACGCCCGUGCUCGCGGCCCUCGGGCUGUACUCACCCGGCAACCCACGGAAGGAAGGGCCCGGGAGGGAGGACUCCGAUUGGGCGAGAUGGAACGAGAUUGUCUGAUUGGCUACGGCGCCUCCAUGCUCCUCUUGGAGCGGCUCAUGCUCUCCUCCGACGCCUUCCAAGUCAAUGUCUGCAAGACGUGCGGACUGCUGGGCUACGAGGGCUGGUGCCAGUACUGCAAGUCGACCAGCAACGUGUCCAACGUGAAGAUCCCCUACGCCUGCAAGCUCCUCUUCCAGGAGCUCCAGUCCAUGAACAUCGUGCCCCGCCUCCGUCUCGCUCCCCUCUAA